CGGAAACAACAUAAAAUAGUCCAGAAAAAUGACUGGCCGUGGUAAAGGAGGAAAGGGACUGGGCAAAGGAGGAGCCAAGCGUCAUCGUAAGGUUCUGCGUGAUAACAUCCAGGGAAUCACAAAGCCCGCUAUCCGUCGUUUGGCUCGUCGUGGGGGAGUGAAGCGUAUUUCCGGUCUCAUCUACGAAGAAACUCGUGGUGUGCUGAAAGUAUUUCUGGAAAACGUUAUCCGAGAUGCUGUUACCUAUACCGAACACGCCAAACGGAAGACGGUUACCGCAAUGGACGUUGUGUACGCUUUGAAACGCCAAGGUCGUACUCUCUAUGGUUUCGGAGGUUAAAUGAUAUAAUU